UAAUAAAAUUCGCGUAAAUUAUUUAUUAAAACAAAAGUGCCAAUUAAAUCAAUUUUGCAUAAUUUCGCGUAUAAUAAAGUGUGUGUGUGAAAAAUUUGACUCUGCAAUUUUGCGAAGAAAUGCUGACAUCAUGCAGCCUGAGAGAUCAUCAUGCGAACCUCUGCCAGGUGCCACUUCGUGCCACUGGCAUGCGUUCUUAGUUUGGUGGCAGCAACUGCAGCUAGUGCAGUGUCAUAUAACAUUCACGUGAAUCAUGGUUCUGGUAAACAUGCUGCCAGGCCACGUUCAGUAAACCCUCUUUCAUCUAAGCAUGCUUAUUUGAAUUAUUUCCGUGGACCACAAGUUACUUAUCUGCACGAGCCUCAAGACCCAUUCGGUUACCCUUCUGGUGGCGAUUUGCCAAACGAGCCUUGGAACUAUAUAGCACCUCAAGAGGCUACUGACCAAAAUUGCGGCGCCCAACCUUUGUCUUGUCCACAUACUAAAUAUCGUUCUUUCGACGGAUCCUGCAACAAUCUAAAUCAACCUGGAAAAGGAAGUGCCAACAGCCGUUAUGGACGUCUAGUACCUCCAAUUUACAGUGACGGCGUUCAUGCACCAGCCACCUCCGCCUAUGGAAACGAGUUGCCAAAUCCUCGCGUGGUCAGCCUGCAAGUUUUUCCCGAUGGCGAUGAAAUGGACCCACUUUGGACCUUAGCCAACAUGCAAUGGGGUCAGAUCGUCACACAUGACAUGUCACUAUUGGCAGGCUCCACUCAGUCCA